UACUGUUUUCCAGUAUCCAAGUGAAAUUAGUGACAAUGUUGUCCCCUCUAGUGGAGGAGAAUGGCAUUGCAUCCAGCAGCAGUCAUAUUCCAUGUUGCUGUACAAGAUAUCUACAUGAUUUCUGAAGCCAUUCGUGAUGAAAGCGAUGAAUCUCUUACAAUGCAAUGAGCUGAUUUCUAACAUAAAGACUGUGUAUUUUAAAAGUGCCCUCUUACUCUGCUGAUGCAAAUAGAGCAUUAUACCCAGACCAAAAAAGAUCCUGGAUUGAACGGAAAUUCUGAAAUAUAGGAAUUUUAGCUUAUCCCGAAUAGUAUUUGCUUAUAAGAAAAUUCUUCUUUGACUGUUUCCAAAUUGUGAUAGAUCUUCAUGACUGCACUCCUUUUAAAAUCCUUGAGUCAGAAGUGGAACAAUGUGAAGUUUUCCAUCACAUGUGUUUUGAUUCCAAGCUCUGAAUAUUCCAUACUUCUUCUCAAAGGCCUGUUUUAAUGAGUUAGAUUCAAAUAAAGGUUUUAAUGUGGAUGGAAUGUGCUGUAUGUAAUCCCCUGACAUAAUCUGUUUGUGAGCCUACCUCUCACUCUCUUUCCUUCUUACACAAAACACAUGAUUCAGAUCAAGCCCCCUUUUGAGGCUAGGCUAAAUAAACGCACAGAGGAAGUACAAUCUGGGCCAAAGUUCAACCUCAUGCUGUUCCCAGUCCGGUAUCUAUGCUAGUCACCACUUUUAAAACAAAAACGUAAGUGAGGGACUUUGCUUGCUCUUUUGCAAGGCUGCCUGCCAGAUCAGGAAUAAUAACUGCACUGUUAGGGCAGUCUUUCACAUUGCAAAACUUCUCUUCAGGACAUCGCCACAAACCAGAGAAUGUUGCUGCAUCCCCAAAUCUUUGUCCUGGUUGCCUUGCUUUGGAGUGUCCCACCACUUUCCCUGGCUGGGAAGAUCCUGGUGUACCCAGUGGAUGGAAGCCAUUGGCUUAACAUGGACAUUUUGCUACGAGAGCUUCAUCAGCGAGGUCACAAACUGACAGUUGUCCGUUCUGCCAACAGCUGGUACAUCCCAGAGAACACCACACACUAUACACCCAUCACCAUCCGUGUCGAUCAUCUCUCCAGCCUGGAGGACCCGGAGUACAUGGCGUCCUUUCUUAAGAGAAACAUUGACAUUCAAAGAGGGGAAGGAUCUGUUUGGUCAUUCAUGGCCCUGCAAAAAGAAGUAAUUAGUCUUUUAGAAGACUCUCACAAGUCUUCUGCUGAGAUGGUGAGGACCAUUCUAGAGGAUAAAAAGCUUGUUAAAAGACUCAAAGAGUCCAAGUAUGAUUUGAUGCUAACUGAUCCUGGUUUUGCAGGAGGGGUCAUAUUGGGCACGUACUUGGGUUUACCAAUGGUGUACAAUGUGCGAUGGAUAACAAAUUCAGAAGGGCACUUUGCAAUUGCACCCUCACCGCUUUCUUACAUCCCAACUAUCGGAUCUAGGGUGACAGAUAAAAUGAGCUUUGCAAAUAAAAUGAAAAAUUUCUUGCAUUAUGGAAUCGGCCAAUACAUAGACUACUUGCUCACAAGGCCUCUUUAUCAAGGAGUUAUCAGCGAACACAUAGACCAAAACACAAAUGUGUACUCUCUGAUCCAAGGAGCAGAUCUGUGGCUCAUGAGAGUCGAUUUUGUAUUUGAGUUUCCUCGCCCUACUAUGCCCAAUGUGGUCUACAUUGGAGGCUUCCAGUGCAAACCAUCCAAACCUCUACCAGAUGAAUUGGAGACGUUUGUCGAGAGUUCUGGAGAGCACGGGGUGGUGAUCAUGUCUUUGGGUACUCUGCUUAGAAGUCUAGUUCCUGACAUAUCAGAAGUCGUCGCCUCCGCCUUUGCUCGCUUGCCACAAAAGGUGAUUUGGAGGCACGUAGGGGAAAAGCCAUCAAUGUUGGGGAACAAUACACUGAUAGUGGACUGGCUGCCUCAAAAUGACCUCUUAGGCCAUCCUAAAACUAAAGCUUUCGUCACCCACGGAGGAACGAAUGGAAUCUACGAGGCCAUUUACCACGGCGUUCCGAUGCUUGGACUUCCGCUCAUGUUCGACCAAUUUGACAACAUGAUUCGCCUGGAAGCCCGAGGGGUGGCUCAAGUGCUUGAUGUCGCAGCCUUGGAUGUAGAUACCCUAACACAAGCCCUAAGGGACAUACUGGAUGAAAAUCAACCCUACCAGAAGAACAUGCGCAGAAUGUCAAGCCUACAUCGUGACACUCCAAUCAAGCCAAUGGACAGUGCCAUCUUUUGGCUGGAGUUUGUCAUGAGGCAUAAGGGUGCGGUGCACUUACGCACCGAGUCCUACAGGCUUCCUUGGUAUUCCUACUACUGCGUAGAUGUGUUAAUGCUGAUAAUGAGUUUGUUUACAGCAGUCUGUGUGCUCUUGGUCUUGAUGAGCAGGGCAUUGCUGAAAGUCUUUGUCAAGAAAAGAAAAUCCAAAAAAGAGUGAAGUCUUGUCUUUGGUAACACUAGUUUUUUGCUAAAGGCUGAUAUCAUUAAUGGUGCUCUAUGCACCACUUCCAAUGUGGAAAGGUUUGGUUAGUUAGCAUGGCCCUGUUAACCCUUGCUGGUAGAUGCUGUACCUACCCCAUCUGGUUAAAAAAAAAAAAAAAAUUCUCUAUUGAUAAUUUGACAAGCAACAUUUAAAUCGCAAAUAUAUCGAUGUAUUAAAGUAGACCUUUUGUAAACGUUUGGGACCAUGGGCAUUCUUUUUGGUGCAGUGAUCAAUCAAACAACAAUUAGAUUCAGAUGAUUGGCUCAAAACCAGGCAGCAUAAGCAAGUGCCAUGGAGAUGAAUACGAAUGCUAUCUUAUAACUUCUUUGAGGUGAUAUUAAGUCACAUUGUAUAUUUCUACAGGAUUGCAGUUUCUAAAAAACUUUACCAAAACAUCCCCCAUUUGAAAAAAUGGGUAGUCUUCUCAACUUUUGGUUGAGAAUGUUACUAGGUCAGGCAGUUCAGACAAACGGCAAAGUUUUGAGAGCGCCACAGAGCCAGCAGUUUUUGGAAAAAUUAAUCUAUGAAUGGCUAACUUGAAAUUUCAGUAAUUACACACAUCAUACAAAUACAGUCGGUCAAGUAACGUGUUGCUAACUGGAUUUUUAAAAAAGGAACCGCAACAGAUUGUAUUUUUCAGUUUGUUUUAUUGAUUUGUACAGACAUUGAAUGAACCAGCUGUCUAUUUUGCACGUAAAUAUUUCACUUAACACAACCACCGGCAUGGUCAACAAAAAUAAAAUUAUUCAAAAAUCAGAGUCAUAAUGCGACAGAUGGCCGAUGAUGCCGAAUGUCUCCUACAUUUUGGAAUGGUGUAUUACUAUAUAUGGUUACAAUAGGUGAAAUACUUGAGAGAGUAAAAAAUAAAGUGCUCCGUCUUCA